AUGGCGCCAAGACGACGUUCUGUAAAGAGAGGAGAGACUCGAAUGGAUGCAGCUCUCGACGCCAUGGCUCCUUUCGGUUUCCCCAACAAGCUCGUUCGUCGAACCGUUGAUCAAUUACUCGAAGUUUAUGGCGGCAACGAGGGUUGGGUCUUCAUUGAAGAUGCAGCUUACACUCUUCUCAUCAAUACCCUUCUGGAACAUCAACAAGAACAAGAUCAGGAUUGUUUGACAGAGGAUAAUCCAGAAAAUGAUCCCAAUGAGGCAUCAGCUGCUGGUUGCUCAAACAGAAACCUUCUCCUACCUUGCUCUAACCCGGAAGCUUCCGAUGAUGCACCAAUAAAUAAUCAGGCCAUUGACACUAUAUCAGCAGCCAGUGAAACUGGUAGUUAUCUUCAUAUAAGUGUAGACGCCACAACAGGUACAAGCAAAGCUGUUAUUGGACUUCCCAUCACAGUUGACACUUCAGAAGCCCUCAGUCGACCUAGCAAUCAACUUUCCAUUAUGGCUGUAGACACUGCAACACCUACAAGCAAAGCUGUUAUCAAACUUCCCAUCAAGCCCGUAGAUGCUUCAGCAGCCACCAGUCAACCUAAAUAUCAUCUUCCUAUGGCUGUAGACACUGCAACACCUACAAGUAAAACUGUUAACAGAAUUCCCAUUAAACCCGUCAACACUUCAACACACCAACCUGGUAAUCAACCUUCAAUUAAAGCUGUAGACACUGUAUCAGCAAUCAAUGAAAUUAACAAACAAGUGUCCGGCAAGGCUAUUGUAGACACUGUAUCAGCAGACAAUAAACAUGAACCUCCUCUGACAAAGUCCUCUCAGCCUUGUCACAAGAGGCGUAGACCUUGCCAUGGUUGGAUUUCUAGUGAUGAUGAAGAGGAGGAUCUAAUAGAACUACCUGCGAUACAUAAGUUGUGA